UCUUCCUCACCCAAUUUCCAAACAACAAAUUCCUCUUCGUUGCUUUGUUUUGCUACUUUCACAGUCAUUUUUCACUUGCAUAGCAAAAAAAGGAAACAGAAAAAGAAAAAAAGAAGUAAGAAAGCUCUGCUCUCUAAUCUUCAAUCAGAAAUAAAAGAUUGAUGUUGUAAUGGAAACCAAAGGUGGUAAGAAGAAUUCUUCUUCUUCUAAUAAUAAUAAUAGCCAUAUCCAAUACGAAGCUCCUCUUGGUUAUAUUAUUGAAGACGUUCGUCCCAACGGUGGGAUCGAAAAAUUCCGUUCUGCUGCUUACUCUAACUGCGUGAGGAAGCCAUCCUGAUAAUCCCUUUAUUCAAUUAUUUUCGCCAAUAAUCCGUAACUUUUUAAAAUAAUUCUCAUUUUUAAAAAUUCUGUUUUUCAUCUUUUACUACUAAAAUGGCUGGUGCUACUACUGUUUCUGUUAUUGGUUUCGAAGGCUAUGAAAAGCGCCUAGAGAUCACAUUUACCGAGCCACCUAUGUUCACUGACCCAAACGGGCUCGGUCUCCGAGCCCUGACUCGGUCACAACUCGACUCAAUCCUCGAACCCGCUUGUUGCACCAUCGUGUCACACCUCUCCAACACUGAGUUUGAUUCCUACGUACUCUCUGAGUCGAGUUUAUUUAUUUACCCUUUAAAAGUCAUUUUAAAAACUUGUGGGACCACAAAAUUGCUUUUGUCAAUUCCUCGGAUUUUAAAACUCGCCGAGAAAUUUUCCCUCGGCGUUGACUCGGUCAAGUACUCACGUGGGACCUUCAUUUUUCAAAAUUACCAACUUACCCCUCACCGUAGUUUUUCCGAAGAAGUGGCAUUUUUGAAUUUGUUUUUCAAAAACGGCCAUGCUUAUGUACUCGGCGAUCUGAGCUCGCUAAGUCGGAACUGGCAUGUGUACGUGGCAAAUGUGGGCGCACGUAAGUUGACCAAUCGGACGGAUGAGAUUACUGUGGAGAUGUGCAUGAUGGGUUUAAAAAGAGAGAAAACGGCCGUCUUUUUCAAAAAAUCGGGAGAGGAUUUUUAUGAAAUGACCAAAAUGUCCGGGAUAAGUGAAAUAAUUCCGAGCCAUGAGAUUUGUGAUUUUGAGUUUGAGCCUUGUGGAUAUUCUAUGAAUGGGAUUGAUGGUGCAGCGUACUCUACGGUGCACGUGACACCAGAGGAUGGGUUCAGUUAUGCCAGCUAUGAAGCCAUGGGGUUAGACCUCGGGUCCAUUGGGCUUGAGCCGUUGAUCAAGAGGGUGCUGACGUGUUUCGAGCCAGCUGAGUUCAGCGUGGCCGUCACGUGCCAUGGUGGGUCCCAAUUGGAUAUUUUUGCUGACGUGGAUGGAUACUCGUGUGACAAUUGUGUCAAGCAAGAUUUGCCAGGUGGCGAGUAUAUAGUCUAUCGGUGUUUCACCAUGGCGGCGGAGGGAGGAUGCGCGGUCCACGCGGCCGCCAACUCCGAUUCCAAGACAGCGGACCACUCCGAUUCGAUGAUGGUGGCGCAUUGCUGGAAGGAAUUGGUGAAGGCGGAGGCGGUUAGGGUCUAAUGAUUGGCAUGUUGUUAUAGCAGCAGUUUGUUAAUAUUUUCAUUUUAGUUUAAUUAGGUCCUUGUGUUUUGGAGUAAAUGGACUUGUAGUCCUACUCAAUCAAGUGCAGUCCAAUCCAGUCCAGUCUUCUCUUUGUAGUAAUUGUUUGUCUGUGCCUUGAUAUGAGGCUACUCAAAUAGUGGAGUAUUUGUUACUGCAAAAACUAUGCCUGUUCUCAUGAAUUAAAAUUUGUAAACUUUUAAA